AUGCCUUCUCUUCCUAAGCUUGGUUCAUCUACUCUUCUUUCUAUGAUGAUCACUAUCAAUUCUCCUCGUACUGUACGUCAGUCCGUUCUUUUUCGCUUUCCGUCGGGCAAGUCUCAGUCUUUUAUUGGGGGUUGGUCAGAGUGCUGGCCCAUGGUCGGCGGAUCAAUCAUCCGAUUUUGUCCAGUUGAAGGUAGUGGAAAGCGUUUACGCUUUACGAAACGAGUGGUUUUCAAAGCUUCCGAGUUGGUAGAGCUUCGAGCGGGAACUUCUCGAAAGGAGUGUUGGCAGAUCGACCUAAGGGCACGUGGCUAA